AUGUCAUCCGGAGAUGCUCCGACGGCAAACACCCCAUCGCCGGAGGAUACCUCUCUUGCAUGGCAAUUGGGUGUGUUAACAGCGAUACAGGUUCUAGCGUUGACUGUCAGCGGAUUGCGAAUAUACAGUCGAGUAUUCCUUGCUAAGGCAUUCGGUUGGGACGAUGGAUUUAUGUCUGGAGCAGUGCUCUCUGCGUUGGUCUCAUGGACACUUUACCUUUACCAAUCACAGCAUGGUCUUGGAGUACACAAGGUUUUCAUAGCUCGAGACGAUAUGUGGAAAUACGGAGCGGCCAACUUCGCCCAAACCAUCAUAAAUCUUCUCGGCAUUGGACUCUUGAAGAUAUCGCUCUGUUUCUCACUUAUCCGUCUUAGUAGAACCAAGGUUUAUACUUGGAUACUAUGGGGGACAAUUGCCUUUGUGACCAUUUAUACCGUAUUUGCCUGGUUGACGUUGUUCUUGUACUGCAAGCCCCUAUCUGGUUUCUGGGAUAUAUUUGCUGGUGCCAAGUGCUACCCCCUGUGGCUUUUCAUUCGAUUCGGUCUUGCGAAUACAGCGCUGAGUAUUUUCACCGACAUACUCCUCGCGUCGCUGCCCAUCCCAGUUAUUUGGCAGCUCCAAUUGAAAACCAAGGUUCGCGUGUAUCUCAUCAUCAUGCUUGCGCUAGGAUGGGGAGCCGUUGGAAUUGGUGUUGUCAAGGCCAUCUAUCAAAUAAAUUACAACCCCCUUGCCGAUUCGACCUACUACUUCGGUGUUGGUGUUGUUAAUUGGGCGUUCGUUCAAUUGAAUGUCUCGAUCAUUGCAGCUUGCGCUCCGCAACUGAAGCAGAUUCUAAGCCCUCUGCUAGGAUUUACGACAAACUACAACAGCGCUCCAUACGGAAAUACUUCGCGCAACCUGAGGAACACGACAGGCCACAGCGUCGGCAGGCGUUAUAUGAGGCAGGAUAGCCAGGCUGACAAGGCUGAUGGUUUCGAGUUGGACGAGCAACCCAUUGUUAGAUCAGAAAAUUAUGAUGUUCGAGCCCAUGCCGGUGAUAGCGGCGACUUCGACGGGGGUGCAUCAUCACCGUCCGACAAAAUGACACACAGAAGCGAUAGCGAUGAGACGAUAACACGGUCGAGGAGCCAGAAUGGCUAUGGCAAGGGGAUCAUGAGAACGACAGAAGUCGUCAUAACAACAACGUAAUACUAGUAAUAAGGGCGUCCGGGAUUUCGGGGUCCAAUUUCAUAUGAAAGAAGAAAGAAAGAAUCAUCAGCCGGUGAUGUGCAAGUCCACCAGCCACACCUGGCUCGUGCUUAUUAGUUUAGGCAGCAGCAUUUUUACUGUGUAAGUAAGUACGUGGUACCUAAUGUAGGUACCGGUACCUGAAAGUCCACUGUAGAUUAAUUUUCGAGUGUGGCGGAGGCGUCAUACACAAUGGCACAGCACAUCAAUCCUGCCUUUCCCACUCCGUUUGGCAAGGAGCAAGGAGGCGUGUCAAUUGUGUCGUA